UCUAAAUUCUCAGUUUUUCUCUGUAAGUAUAAUAGUUUUUUCAUUUUCUAAUACCUAAUGGAUAAUACCAACCGUCGCAGUCGCCGUAAGCAAACCAUUUUCACUCUACGUGACUCCGAAGAAGUGAGUAGCAUCGAAUGGGAGUUUAUCAAUAUGACAGAACAAGAAGAGGAUCUCAUUUUUCGAAUGCAUAGGCUUGUCGGUGAUAGGUGGGAUUUAAUAGCAGGAAGAGUGGUCGGACGAGAUGCCAAGGAAAUAGAGAGAUUUUGGAUUAUGAGAAACUCUGAUCAUUUCUCCCACAAACGAUGCCGACUCCACAAAUCUUCUCGUUUUUGUAUAUCUUCUUCUCCUUAAUUUCUGUUUUUAUAUGGACAAAAAAGUUGAUCAGUAGAUCGAAUAAAUUUCUAUGUGUUUAUAUUGCUCAACAAUGGUUGUCCAUGUUAAUGUCAAUUCUACAACUUGUGUCACUUGCUUCGU